GCCGGCCUCUCGCGUCCAAAACUUGGCAGGGUUGGGGCCGCACCUGGGUUGUGGGCAGUUUCAGGCUAUUAACUGGUGAACUUUUAUCUUCUUGACUUGGAACACAGAAGAGUGCGAAAGAAGUCAUGGCUGACACUGGGAAUGAUGUGCAGAUGAGCGAAGACUUCACAUCAGACUACACGGGCAACGAAGGCUUCAACUCUGGCGAAGCUCUUCCACAGGAGAAUGGAAGUUCGAAGAAUGCCAACGGAGGUGGAGACGGUGCCGGCAAGGACAGCGGCGCGGCUGAGGCUCCGGGCAGAGAUGACGAGAGGAAACUCUUCGUCGGUGGCCUCAGCUGGGAGAGCUCAGAAAAGGAGCUGCGCGAGUACUUCGGCGCGUUCGGCGAGAUCGAGUCCGUGAACGUGAAGACAGAUCCCAACACUGGCCGGUCACGGGGCUUCGCAUUCCUCGUCUUCUCCUCCACCGAAACCAUCGAGAAGGUACUGAACAAGGCUGAGCACAUCAUCAAUGGCAAGAAGGUGGACCCAAAGAAGGCCAAGGCGCGUCACGGCAAGAUCUUCGUCGGCGGUCUCAAGCCCGAGAUGUCCGAUGACGACAUCAAGAACCACUUCAGCGCCAUGGGCACGGUGGUGGAGGUCGAGAUGCCCAUGGAUAAGAUCAAGAACCAGCGCAAGGGCUUCUGCUUCAUCACCUUUGAGCAGGAGCAGGUCGUGCAGGACCUGAUCCGCGUCGGCAAGACCAAGAUCAAGGACAUUGAGGUGGACGUCAAGAAGGCGACCCCGAAGCCGGACGGUGGCCGCGGCGGCAUGCGCGGCGCGCCGCGCGGCGGACGGGGUAUGAUGAGAGGAGGCCGCGGAGGUCGCGGUGGCUGGGGCGGCGGCUGGGGCGGUGGCUACGGGGGCUACGGCGGCGGCUACGGCGGCUACGGUGGCGGCGGAUACGAUAACUACGGAGGAUACGGCGGCGACUACUACGGCGGAUACGGUGGGUACGGGGGUUACGGCGGGUACGACAGCGGCUACGGCAGCGGCUACGGCGGCGGCUACGACGGCGGUCAGGGCUACAGCGGCGGGAAGCAGCGCGGCGGUGGCGGCGGCCGGGGCGGCAGCUCGCGCCACCAGCCGUAUUAGCGCGGCUGGCCCCCUUCCCCCGUAGCUGUGUCCUCAACCGCGACCACACAUCUCAUCAAGGUUCACUGCACCAUCCGCUGGCUCGCCUAUGGCAGGGCCGUCCAUUCCGCGCGCUGCGCGUGCUGGGCUCCGCGCUCGCCGGUCUCCGCGCUCACCGGUCUCCGCGCUCGCCGGUCUCCGCGUGUGAGAGUUGUCUGUGUCUUGAACUUGCGCCCGAAUACACGGGUCUUGUGUACCGAA